AUUAAAAAACUUUCAUAAAAAAUCGUCCACGUGAUGUCACUGCGUGCUGUCAAGUGUUUGUUGUUUGUUGCUUCAUUCGUAAACAACGCAAGUCGGAAAUCAUUCAAGGCAGUGCGUGAGGCAAAACAUUAUUUUACAGCUUAUUUUAAUUUAGUCAUUACAUUACUUGCGUAACCGAAAUGUCUAAACGAAAUGUAGCUUUCAUCAAACCAGAAGAGCCCAAUUUUCUAAAAAGAAUGAAAGAACAAAUCGGGUAUCGAGAAGGACCAUCUAUAGACGAUAAGCGUGAAGCAAUAGAAAACUACGACGAUUCGGAUGAUGAGGAACAUGAAGACGAAAAACCACAAGUGGUUGUAAUCAAGGAAGGGGACUUAACAGAAGCAGAAGCUGAGCAGGCAUUCAAAGAGGAGAGCGAAAAACCAGCAGAUCUCAAUCAAAAAGUUGUUUUUAAAUCAAGAAAGUCCAAGUCCGAGAAAAAUGAAGAAAAGCCGAAACAAAAAUCAGAAGAUAAAAAAUCAAAAAAGGCCAAACAAAAGCAAGAAAUGAGUAAACUGUCCUUCAACGAUGAAGACGAGGAAGAGUACUAGCAGUAACAUUUAUUGUUCCAGUAAGAAGUGGCUUUAAUAACCAAAAUAAAUUGGAAAAAAAAGUUCAGUUACGUUUU